CACUAAUUCAAAAAAAAAAAAUCAAAGAUUGUGCUACAUGUUCCAGUUUGAGCAUCUUUCCUUUCUACGACCAGUUUAUCAAUCUCCAUAGGUAGUUUCAACGCACCGCUCCUUUCAACCUUGCUCGAAUGUCGUCAUUUUCAUCAUGCUUCAGGUUUCGCAUUUCUUCUUCUAAACCCAGUUUUCUUAUUAUUCCCUUCUUAACAAGAACACUUCACUGCUCUCACUCUAGAUUUGUUCCAAAUACUGUUGAUAAUGCUAUUUCUUCAUUCAAUCAUAUGCUCCAUAUGAAUCCUACCCCAUCUAUCAUUCAAUUUAACAAAAUUUUAACCUCCCUUGUUAAAUUGAACCAGUACCCCACUGUCAUUUCCCUUUCUAAAAAAUUGGAAAUUAGGCCAGAUAUUUUUACUUUGAACAUCUUGAUUAAUUGCUACUGUCAUGUUCAACAAAUGCCUUUUGCCUUUUCUAUAUUCGCCAAGAUUCUCAAGAUGGGUUUUGAGUCGGAUGCAAUAACCUUGACUACACUUAUGAAAGGUUUGUGUCUUAAUGGUAAGGUUAAGGAAUCUCUACACUUUCAUGACCAUGUGCUUGCACUUGGAUUUCAAUUGGAUCAUGUUACUUAUGGUACCUUGAUCAAUGGGUUGUGUAAAAUUGGGGAAACAAAAGCUGCCUUGCUAAUGUUGAGAAAGAUUGAAGGGAGAUUGGUCGAGUCCGAUGUGGUAAUGCACAAUACGAUCAUUGAUAGUUUGUGUAAACAUAAAUUUGUAACUGAUGCCUAUGAGUUAUAUUCUGAAAUGAUUACAAAGAGAAUUUCUCCUAAUAUUAUCACUUUCAAUUCUUUAAUUUACGGAUUUUGCAUUGUUGGUCAAUUGAAAGAAGCAUUUGGUUUGUUCUAUCAAAUGCUAUUGAAAAACAUCAACCCAGAUAUUUAUACUUUUAACAUAUUGGUUGAUGUUCUAUGUAAGGAAGGAAAGAUCAAAGAAGCUAAAAAUGUGAUAGCUGUGAUGAUGAAAGAAGGUGUGGAACCUGAUGUUGUUACAUACAAUUCAUUAAUGGAUGGUUAUUGCCUAGUUAAAGAAGUGUAUGAAGCCAAACAUGUGUUAAACAUUAUUUCUCGAAUGGGAGCGGCUCCUGAUAUUCAAAGCUUGUGUAAGAUUAAAAUGAUCGAUGAAGCCUUGAGUCUCUUUAAUGAAAUGCGUAGCAAAGGAAUUACUCCUGAUAAGGUAACUUACAAUUCUCUCAUUGAUGGUUUGUGCAAAGCAAGGAGAAUCCCCUGUGCUUGGGAGUUUGUUGAUGAGAUGCAUGCUAAUGGUAUACCAGCCAACAUAUUCACUUACAAUUCGUUAAUAGAUGCUUUAUGCAAAAACCAUCACGUUGACAAGGCAAUUGUAUUAGUCAAGAAAAUCAAAGACCAGGGCAUUCAAUCAGAUAUGUAUACAUAUAGUAUACUUAUCGAUGGACUAUGCAAACAAGGAAGACUUAAGGAUGCACAAGUGAUUUUUCAAGAUCUUUUGAUUAAAGGCUAUAAUUUAAAUGUUUGCACAUAUAGUAUUAUGAUCAAUGGUCUUUGUUCAAAGGGCUUAUUUGAUGAAGCUACGACCCUGCUGUCAAAAAUGGAAGACAAUGGUUGCAUUCCAGAUGCUGUAACUUAUGAACCAAUUAACCGUGCUCUCUUUAAAAAUGAUGAGAAUGAUAAGGCAGAGCAACUUCUACGUGAAAUGAUUGCUAGAGGUCUAUUGUAAGCAAAAGUAGAGUUAAGAUUAUUUCUUUUUACUUAUUAGGUUACUUUGAAUUUUGAUGAUAACGAUUGAAUCCUAAUUCUUCAUUUUAAUGUUUUCUUAAUGGUUAGAUAUGCUAAUGAUGAUCAACUA